CCUCCGACAAAGAAGAGAUCCCUUUGGGUGGGUUUAAAAAACUAUAAGAAAAGAAAAAGAAAAAAGAAAAAGAAAAAAACAGAAAGAAAAGUAGUCAAAUGAGAAUACAUUCUUCUGAUCAUUCAUGGCUUUUAUUAGCCAUUCUCGUGAUUAUCCUCUCCUUCUCUGUAGCUCUCUCAAGCAGUGACAAAGCGAAAGAGAAAGAGAAGAAGACGACUUCGGUCGAUAAAAAGAAAGAAGUAACUUAUGAUGGAACGUCUUUGAUCAUCAAUGGAAAUAGAGAACUCCUUUACUCUGGCUCCAUACAUUACCCUCGUAGCACUCCUGAAAUGUGGCCAAACAUCAUCAAGAGAGCGAAACAAGGCGGGUUGAACACGAUUCAGACAUAUGUUUUUUGGAACGUGCAUGAACCUGAGCAGGGAAAGUUCAAUUUUUCGGGUAGAUCCGAUUUGGUGAAGUUCAUAAGAUUGAUUGAGAAGAACGGUAUGUAUGUAACCUUGAGGCUUGGACCUUUUAUUCAAGCUGAAUGGACUCAUGGAGGACUUCCUUACUGGCUGAGAGAAGUUCCCGGGAUCUUCUUCCGUACCGAUAAUGAACCUUUCAAGGAACAUACAGAGAGGUAUGUUAAGGUGAUACUUGACAUGAUGAAGAAGGAGAAGCUUUUUGCUUCACAAGGAGGUCCCAUUAUAUUAGGACAGAUAGAGAAUGAGUAUAGUGCAGUUCAACGAGCAUAUAAAGAAGAUGGAUUAAAGUACAUUAAGUGGGCAUCUAAGUUGGUACACUCGAUGGAUUUGGGGAUCCCAUGGGUUGUGUGUAAGCAAAAUGAUGCUCCUGAUCCUAUGAUCAAUGCUUGUAACGGACGACAUUGCGGCGAUACAUUCCCUGGUCCAAACAAAGACAACAAGCCGUCUUUAUGGACAGAGAACUGGACUACUCAGUUCCGAGUUUUUGGCGAUCCCCCAACACAAAGAUCUGGAGGUACCAACUUUGGAAGAACCUCUGCACAUUAUGUGACCACUCGUUACUACGAUGAUGCACCUCUUGAUGAAUACGGAUUGGAAAAAGAGCCUAAGUACGGUCAUCUUAAGCAUCUUCACAACGCACUUAACUUGUGCAAGAAGGCACUUCUAUGGGGACAGCCUCGAGUCGAGAGGCCUAGCAAUGAAACAGAGAUUCGAUACUACGAGCAGCCUGGAACCAAAGUUUGUGCGGCUUUUCUGGCUAACAAUAACACAGAAUCUGCAGAAAAUAUCAAAUUUAAGGGCAAGGAAUAUGUUAUUCCUCCUCGUUCCAUCAGUAUUCUCCCUGACUGCAAAACCGUUGUUUAUAACACCGCGGAGAUCGUCUCUCAUCAUACUGCAAGAAACUACAUGAAGUCAAAAAAAGCGAAUAAGAAUUUUGAUUUCAAAGUGUUCACUGAGACAGUGCCAAGUAAGAUCAAGGGUGACUCUUAUGUGCCUGUUGAGCUCUACGGCUUGACCAAAGACGAGACUGAUUACGGAUGGUACACCACAAGCUUUAAAAUAGAUGACAGUGAUCUCUCUAAGAAUAAAGGAGGUAAGCCUACUCUAAGGAUCGCUAGUCUUGGCCACGCGUUGCAUGUAUGGCUCAAUGGAGAAUAUCUUGGAAACGGACAUGGUAGCCAUGAAGAGAAGAGUUUCGUCUUUCAGAAGCCAGUUUCUCUAAAAGAGGGAGAGAACCACCUCUCCAUGCUGGGAGUUUUAACUGGAUUUCCAGAUAGUGGAUCUUAUAUGGAGCAUAGGUACACAGGUCCACGUAGUGUUUCUAUCUUAGGCUUGAGCUCUGGACCACUUGAUCUCACUGAACAAAACAAAUGGGGAAACAAGGUCGGUAUGGAAGGCGAAAGGCUUGGAAUCCACGCCGAGGAAGGUUUGGAGAAGGUUAAAUGGCAGAAACUCUCAGGAAAAGAACCAGGGCUUACAUGGUACCAGACAUACUUUGAUGCGCCAGAGAGCCAAAGCGCAGCAGCAAUUAGGAUGAAUGGAAUGGGGAAAGGUUUGAUUUGGGUGAACGGAGAAGGUGUUGGUCGAUAUUGGAUGUCGUUUUUACCGCCUUUAGGACAGCCUACCCAAAUUGAGUAUCACAUCCCUAGGUCUUUCUUGAAGCCCAAGAAAAACCUUCUAGUUAUAUUCGAGGAAGAAGCGAAUGUGAAGCCAGAGCUUAUCGACUUUGUAAUCGUCAAUAGAGACACGGUAUGUUCUUUUAUUGGAGAAAACUACACUCCUAGUGUCCGACACUGGACCAGGAAGAAUGACCAAGUCCAAGCCAUCACUGAUGACGUGCAACUCACGGCUAAACUCAAAUGUUCCGGCACAAAGAAGAUCUCCGCUGUGGAAUUCGCUAGCUUUGGAAAUCCGAAUGGAACUUGUGGAAACUUCACUCUUGGAACUUGUAAUGCUCCUGUCUCUAAGCAAGUCGUCGAGAAGUACUGUUUGGGUAAAGCACAGUGUGCAAUUCCGGUGAACAAGAGUACGUUCCAGCAAGACAAAAAGGAUUCAUGCCCUAAAGUUGCGAAGAAGCUUGCUGUACAAGUCAAGUGUGGUCGUGACAAGAAGAACUAAGGAUUCGUUGAACGGUUUAAUACUUAAUGUAAUUAUGUUUUGUAGAUACGUAAAGUAUGCAUUGAUUUGUUGUUCCAUUUUUUGAAUUU